AUUUACAGAUUUAAAAGAAUUAAUUUUAUAUUUUUGCAUAACAUGGAACAAUGUGCAAAAAAACCAAAAUUAGAUAAUAUAAAUAUAAAAGAAGGAGAGGCAGAAAUUCUGGUAAAUGAUACAAAUGUAUUUUAUAAUCCUGUUCAAGAGUUUAAUAGAGAUCUUAGUAUAGCUGUAUUAACAACCUAUAUAAAAAAUAUAAAUAAGCAAGCAAUAGAAAUAAAUGCAAAAAAAAAAGAUGAAAUCUGUAUAUUGGAAGCUUUAUCUGCAACUGGUUUACGUAGUAUUCGGUAUGCCAAAGAAAUAAUGGGUAUAAAACAAAUUAUAGCAAAUGAUAUUUCUGCAAAAGCAGUAGAAAGUAUUAAAAAAAAUAUAUAUCAUAAUGGAGUUGAAAAUCUUGUAAAACCAAGUCAAGAGGAUGCAACAUUGCUUAUGUACCAAAAUAGAAAAAGCAAAUUUGAUGCAAUAGAUUUAGAUCCAUAUGGUUGUCCUACAACAUUUUUGGAUAGUGCAGUACAAUGCAUAUCAGAUGGUGGAUUACUCAUGAUUACAGCUACAGAUAUGGCUGUAUUAGCUGGCAAUUCUCCUGAAACUUGUUAUCUUAAAUAUGGUGCUAUCUCAUUAAGAACUAAAGCUUGUCAUGAAAUGGCAUUAAGAAUAUUGUUGCAAAAUAUUGCUUCGCAUGCUGCUCGUUAUGGUAGAUAUAUAAUACCCAUACUUUCUGUAAGUGCUGAUUUUUAUAUAAGAGUAUUUGUCAAAGUGUUUUCCAGUCAAAUUAAAUGCAAAGAGAAUGCUACAAAAAUUGGAAUGGUAUAUCAAUGUACAGGCUGUGAGACUAUUACUACUCAACCAUUAUGUUAUAAAAAGUCCUCAGGAGGCUAUAAAUUAAUAUCUUCACCUUAUGUGGAUCAAUUUUGUAAAAUUUGUAAUUAUAAACAUCAUGAAGGAGGACCUAUAUGGUUAGGUCCUUUACAUGAUCAACAUUUUGUAUCUGAUCUUCUAUGUAAUUUAAAUGAAAUGAAAUUGGGAACAUUGAAAAGGAUAGAAGGAGUUUUAAAUGUUAUUCAUGAAGAGCUAGAUAUUCCAUUAUAUUAUACUCUUAAUCGUUUAAUGUCUAUAAUUAGAUGUAUUACACCAUCAACACUAAUAUUUCGAUCUGCAUUGUUAAAUGCAGGAUAUCAUGUAUCAUAUUCACAUGCGUGUAAAACAUCUAUAAAAACGGAUGCUCCAAAUGAAGUUAUAUGGGAUAUAGUACGUGCAUGGGAAAAAAAUAAUCCCAUAAAAAGAAAUAAACUGUCAAAUGAUAGUCCUGCAAUAAAAAUAUUAGAUACACCAAUAAUUACAAAUGUUUCAUUUGAUAUACAUCCUCUAGCCAAUCCAGUGUCCAGACAAAACAGGCUAACACGAUUUCAACAAAAUCCUACAGUUAAUUGGGGACCUGGAACACGUUCAAAAAUAAGAAUAGAUUUAGAAAAUGAAGAUGAAAUUCCAAAAAAGAUAAAAAAUCAGAAUAAAAAUUCUAAAAAAGAAAAAUCACAAAUAAUAAAUGAUACGGAAAAAAUAAAACCUUUAUAAAAUAUUUUAUUUUUAUUUGUAAGUCUUUAUUGAAGAUACAAGUGUAUAUAAAUGUAUCAAUUAAUAAUUUCUCAAAAAUAUAAUAAAAUAUAA